AGGCAAGCAAUGACCAUGGCCUUUGCUGUUGAUGAGAUCAACAAGAACUCCAACCUGCUGCCUAAUGUGACUCUGGGAUACAGUAUGUACGAUAACUGUGGUGCACUUGUCAUCGGGUUCAGCGGUGCUUUGUCACUGGCAAGCGGUCAAGAAGAGCAGUUUCCACUUCAGGACAAGUGUUUAGGGACACAUCCAGUCCUAGGGAUAGUGGGUGACUCCUUCUCCACAUUUACAAUUGCCACCUCUAAUGUGCUGGGUUUAUUCAAAAUGCCUAUUGUGAGUUAUUUUGCCACUUGUUCCUGUCUAAGUGAUCGACAGCGGUUUCCGUCUUUCUUUAGAACCAUCCCGAGUGAUGCUUUCCAGGUCCGUGCUAUGAUUCAGAUUCUAAAACACUUUCACUGGACGUGGGUAGGGCUGCUGGUCACUGAUGAUGAUUAUGGACUUCAUGUUGCCCAGUCCUUCCAGUCUGACCUGGCUCAGUCUGGUGGAGGUUGUCUGGCCUACCUGCAGGUUUUGCCCUGGGACAGUGACCCAAAUGAACUCAGGAAGAUUGUGCAUUUGAUAAAGACAUCAACAGCUCGUGUGGUCAUGGCAUUUGUACAUGAGGGCCAAAUGAUACCACUAAUGGAAGAGGUGGUGAAACAGAAUGCAACAGGCCUGCAGUGGAUUGCUAGUGAAGCCUGGACUGCAGCUGCUGUGCUCCAAACUCCUCGUCUGAUGCCGUACCUCAGCGGCACACUGGGAAUCGCCAUCCGUCGAGGAGAAAUGCCAGGACUCAGGGAGUUCCUCUUACAAAUACGUCCCGACCAAAGUAACAACUAUGAAAAUAACAUGGUGAGACAGUAUUGGGAGUUCAUAUUUCUGUGUAGAUUUGCUCCACCUCCAGCAGGUUGGAUGGAAGCUGGAGGAUCACUUUGCACUGGAGAAGAAAAUAUUGAAAAUGUGGAGACGGAGUUCUUGGACCUUUCUAACCUCAGGCCUGAGUACAAUAUCUACAAGGCUGUGUAUGCUCUGGCAUAUGCCCUUGAUGACAUGCUGCAGUGCACACCAGGGAGAGGGCCUUUCAGUGAGCACAGCUGUGCCACUUUACAAACAAUGGAGCCCUGGCAGCUCGUACAUUAUUUGCAAAUGGUCAACUUCACCACGUCAUUUGGUGAUCAAGUGAUAUUUGAUGAGAAUGGUGAUGCCCUGCCAAUAUAUGACAUCAUGAACUGGUUGUGGCUCCCUGAUGGACGAGCUAAAGUUCAGAAUGUGGGUGAGGUCAAGAGGUCAGCCUCCAAAGGGGAAGAACUCACACUUUUUGAGGACAAAAUCUUCUGGAGCUUUGGAGAGCCACCUCGAUCAGUGUGCAGUGAGAGCUGUCCUCCAGGUACCCGUAUGGUCAGAAAGAAGGGGAAACCUGAAUGCUGUUUUGACUGCAUCCCUUGUUCUGACGGAGAGAUCAGCAAUAAGACCAACUCCAUGAAGUGCACCAGUUGUCCAGAGGAUUUUGCAUCCAGUCCUCAGCGUGACCACUGUGUUCCGAAGAAAAUCGAGUUCCUCUCCUACCAUGAGCCUCUGGGUGUCUGCCUGACAAGUACCUCAUUAUUGGGCACAUUUAUUUGUGCUGUUGUCCUGGGUAUUUUCAUCCAUCAUCGCAGCACACCUGUGGUACGUGCCAACAACUCAGAACUGAGCUUUCUGAUUUUGGUGUCACUGAAACUAUGCUUCCUGUGUUCGCUGCUGUUCAUUGGACGACCCAGACUGUGGACAUGCCAACUGAGACAUGCAGCGUUUGGGAUCAGCUUUGUGCUUUGUGUCUCAUGCAUCCUGGUCAAGACCAUGGUGGUUCUGGCUGUUUUCAAGGCCUCCAAGCCAGGAGGUGGAGCCAGUCUCAAGUGGUUUGGUGCUGUGCAGCAGAGAGGAACAGUUUUAGUUCUUACUUGCAUUCAGGCAGCCAUCUGUGUUGUGUGGAUUGUCUCGGCAUCACCACUGCCUCACAAAAACACUCAGUAUCACAGUGACAAGAUAGUUUAUGAGUGUGUGGUUGGUUCCACUGUUGGUUUUGCUGUGCUAUUGGGUUAUAUUGGAUUUCUGGCCAUCAUUAGCUUCCUGUUAGCAUUUCUGGCCAGGAAUCUUCCCGACAACUUCAAUGAGGCCAAGCUCAUCACUUUCAGCAUGCUGAUCUUCUGUGCUGUGUGGGUGGCCUUUGUUCCUGCUUAUGUCAACUCCCCAGGAAAAUAUUCAGAUGCAGUGGAAGUAUUUGCCAUCCUGGCCUCCAGUUUUGGCCUCCUGGUAGCCCUGUUUGGACCCAAAUGUUACAUAAUUCUGCUGAGACCAGAGAGGAACACAAAGAAAGCAAUCAUGGGUCGAGGAGUGGUCAAGUCAUGA